GGUGGACUACCUACUAGAUUCCAUAGAAAAAAAGUCUUGCAGUUUUCGCGCAAGGCCAAAUUUGCCUCACAACAAGUGUCUAAAGUCACCUCCAUUCAACCUGAGCGUGCAGGUUUUAUCGAAAAAGAGGACGAUGAAGUAAUAACGCAAGAUGUUAUUCGCCAGCAUGUUGACUUGGGAUCGGCUACUAAGCAAUUUGAACUAUCGCUUAACUCGGGUCCCUAUUCUAUCAAUUAUUCGCGAAGUGGAAGGUUGGCUUAG